AUGGAGAAUGUCAGUGAUUCACAUCAUGCUGAUUAUGAUAAUCAAACUUUGGCUUUAUUUACUUCACUGAACCGUGAAUUCAUGUGUUAUUACCCUUGUACUAUUUAUAGUGUUAUGUUUCAUGUCGUUAGAUAAAACAUUGAUCAAAAUAUGGAGCAGAAAUCGCAGUAAAAAGUGGAAAAAGUUUCAACAACUUCUGCAUACAUUAGUUUUUCACAAAACAAUAAAACAUCUGCCUUUUCCGAUUUUAUGAGAUUCAUUUUGGUCUCUUCCUUUGUAAUAAUAGUUCUUAUUUUGAAUCAUAAUCAUUUAACAACUAUGGAUCAUCAAGGCGGAUCUAAUUCAAGUUUGCCCUCAUUUCAGUCAUUUUUCUGUGGAAAGAACUCUAGCAACCCAAACAUACAACAACAUCAACCAAACAAUAACUUUUAUUAUGAUACAGCACAAUCAUCUACAGCAUUAGAUUUAACAUGCACAAAUUCAAAACCAGUAUCUAUGUAUAAUCCAUGUACUGUUGGCCAAAGUGAAAACUCUGAUAAACAGUCUCUUUAUUACAAAGAGUGCUUACCAAGCUUUGCAAACUUUAUGAAUUAUCCUCAACAUAGUAAUAAUUAUGAAGAAAGAUCUAACCAUUUAGAAGCAAAAGAAAUCAAUCAAGCACGCCAACAUGCACAACAUGCACAAGAAGCACACCAACAUGCACAAGAAGCUCACCAACAUGCACAAGAUAAAAGCAAUGCUGCAGCAGGAUUAACUGGUGCAGAAAACUAUUACAGUUAUAAACUUAAUGAAAUGUCUCAAAUGUGGAAAGACCAUAUAAAAACUGAAAAACAACUGCCAUCAGAUCAUGAACCAGUUUAUCAUAAUAACCACCAAAGUGCUGUCAGUCAUCAUGGUCAUGUAGCAUAUUCGCAGUAUGAUCCAUAUGCUUUUAUGAACAAUAUGCCACCAGUUAAUUCACAAGUUAAUUUCCAACAAUAUUAUAAUCAGCCAGGCCAUUCCUAUCAAAAUUACGGAAUGUAUCCAAAUAUAAAAUCAGAAGAACUUUAUGGCAAAACAUUUCAAGAUCCACAUUUACCGAUUAAUAAUGAUGAUAAUGGUUUUGAAGAUCUAGACUCAUUGAUCCUUAAAAGACGUAAACCCUCCUCAAAUUCAAAGAGAGCUAAGAAAAUGAGAGGUGGGAUAGAAGACUGCAACUAUGAACUUUGUAACAUGUGGGAUGAAGUUGCAGAACCUAAUGAUACUGUUGCAAAAGGAAAUUGUUUGUCAGAAACUUCACGUUCAUCUCUAAGUACUGAUUCUAAUAGUCAAACAGAACUUAGAAAUUCAAAAAGUCACGACAAUGAAAACUACAGCAGUUCUAAUGACCAAGCUUCCAGUAAUUCUGCUAAAGAACCAAAUGCUGAUAUUUUGAAGCCAGCCACAAUAUUUAACUAUGUGGCAGAUGAAUCAUAUAAUUUGAAAUGUUGUCAAUUUUUGGAAGCAGAAAAGAGGUUAUGUCAGCAUUUAAAGAUGAUAAGUUUCGGUGAACCUGUGUCUCAUAUUUACAAUCCAUUAGUUUAUGCAUUUGAAACUCAUUUGAAGUUCCUGAAAACUUUCUGUACAUCUGAUAAAUCUGUUCUCUUCCUAGCUAUGAAUCCAGGUCCAUUUGGAAUGUCACAAAACGGAGUACCUUUUGGAGAAGUUUCUGCUGUCAGGGAUUGGUUUAAAAUUAGAGGCAAUGUACAGAAACCAGCCAGGGAACAUCCUAAAAGAUGUAUUACAGGACUGGAUUGUCACAGAUCUGAGGUGAGUGGUGGCCGUUUUUGGGGAUUUUUCAAGAGAGUUUGUGGAACACCUGAGGUUUUCUUCAGACAUUGCUUUGUACAUAAUUUUUGCCCAUUAGCAUUCAUGUCACCAACUGGCAGAAAUAUCACUCCACCAGAAUUAAGAGCAGACCAGAGGAAUGCCUUAAACCAUGCUUGUGACAUGGCUUUGAUUGAGACUUUAAACAUCCUACAAGUCAAAAUAAUAGUAUGUAUAGGAAAGUUUGUAGAGUCAAGAGUGCAAUCUGUUCUAAAGAAUCAGGGAAAUAAUGAAAUCCGUGUAGAGAGAAUCACACACCCAAGUCCCAUUAAUCCAGCAGCCAACAAAGGCUGGGAUGAUACUGUUUAUCAGCAGCUGAAAGACAUUGGAAUCAUGUCAUACUUUACCAGAAAUGAUUAAACAGAUGACUCUCGUUUGACUCAUUCUUAUUUAAGUUACCAUUAAGGUUACUUCAGUUAUAAGUCACACAACUUUCAUAUCUAUAUUUUGAACAGUUUUUCCUCAUUGAAAUAACUUUGAAUAUAUAAAUAGAAAUAUGUUGCUUUCUUUGUUCAUUAUCUAAAAGCUGAAUAUUUUAUAAGAACUUCAGAUGUACUAUUUUGCAAAACUAACAUACAUGUAUAUAUAUAUAUAUAUAGGUAGUAAUGAGAGGCUCCAGAUCUCAUACAUGUUCAUUUUUGUUACCCUUCAAGUCAAAAUUUCCAAUAGUUUUGUGAAAGUUUAUUUUAUUUGAAUGUAAUUAAUAUGAGAAUCAUCAGUCAGUAUGUGUGGUAAGAAGCUUUAUUUUUACUAAUUGUUGUAAUUUGAGAUUUUAUAACUUUGUUAUGUGUUGUUUUAUUCAAUCACUAUUUUAGGACAUAACUUUGUAGUUUCAAUUUGCAUUCAGUACGCAUAAUUUAUGGUUUUAUAUUAGGGUUUUCCCCCAGACAAAAAGUUUAUUGAUAUCUCUGAAGGCACUUUUUCAGCAGCAGUCCCACUUUCCCAAGAUUUUUUUAAUAAUAUACUUUAAUGCUAAAACAUAAUCUAGACCCAACCACUCAUAGAAAACUCAUAAAAAUUUAUAUGCAAAUGCCUUCAACAUGUUCAAAGAUUCUACCUUUUCUGCAACAGCCAAUAAAUUGAGUGUUCUGUUCUUAUUCUGAUGUAAAUGCAAUUUUUACUUAUCCCAGUUUUUAAAAGCUGACAUACUGAAGAAUAGGACAAAUUGCUAAACAUAUUCAGAUGUACAGUUUAUUAUUUAUGACUAUAAAAAUGUACUAGUAUUUAAAAAAUAAUGAUAUGUUGUAGUGUUUUUAAUUAUUUAUGUGCAAUUUAUAUGUAAAGAUAAUUAGUUCAAUUAUUUGCAUGGCAAAUUCAAAUAAAAUUGGGAAAUUAUAUGAAAUGGCCUGUAAAAUGCAGUUAAAAAGAUGGGAUAUUGGGUAGAUUCUUUUUGGACAAGGUCAUCUGAAAAAUCAAGGAAUUGCCAAAUAGCAGAAUAAACUUUUUGCAGUUAUACUCUUGAAUUACAUCAGUAUUCCCCGAAAUAGGACAUUUUUGAGCCCAAAAUGCAUUGUGAUGCAGUAAACUCAACUAGCCCAGAGCUGUGUAGUAUUUUACCAUGGGUUUUUCAUAUAUUAAGGUUUAUCUUACCUCCUAUAGAUUUCUGGGGAUAUAAUUGGUUAAAGGACUACACGUGGUGACUACAUAUAUUUGAUAUAGGGUGUCCUAAAAAAUAUGGGGUUAGUUACCAUAUGGGGUUAGUAAGGAGUUACUUCCCUUUCAAAAUAAAAAAGAAAUCUGAGAGUUUCAACAGACGAAGAAAUUGAUAAUGAACGAUUGAAAUAAAUUCAUAAUACAAAUUUAAAGCUAACAAGUUGUUAUUAUUGGCAUUUGUUUUUUUGUAUAGACAAAUGGAAGUAGGUUCUUAAUACUAAGUAUUGAAUUCAGACUUGAUCAUUUUGAUAGGGCCGCUAGUCUAAAUACCACAUGUGAAGAUAGUCGGUAAGAUUAAUUCGUUACACAGUGUGCUAGUAACAUAAUACAAUAUAUAUGGGGUCAGUCAAUUCCAUAUGGGGAUUCGAGCUUCGCUCUCACCCAAUAUGGAAUUUACUGACCCCAUAUAUAUCGUAUUAGGUCACUAACACACCAUGUUACUAAUAUUAUAUAGCACCACAUAAGAUUGGCCAUGCACUAUACAGUUUGUUUCUAAUGGUUAAAAAUAUAAGUCAACCAAUUACAUAGUAUAUGACUGAAAAUAGUGAUUGAGUAACACUAUUGACAUACAAUAUGUAAAAUAUUUGAUGUAAAUUUUAGUGCUGUUAACUUGGAUGGGUGCCAAAGUUAAUUUCAUAUUUUUUGUUUUUAUUUCUUGCCAUUCACUGUAUUUUUGUUAUAUUGGAUAUGUGUAAAGAUUUUACUAUUGAACAUAAUAAGCUUUACGAAAUUUGGUAUGUUUUGCCCAGAUUUCUUACAUUUUGUUUUUUUAAAACUGAUAUUUGUCUUCCGGGGGGAUAAAAAAUUCUUUUGAUACCACCAUGGAUGUAUUAUAUUGACAUUUUACUUUCAUGAUACCACUUAAUCAAUUGAUCUUAACUUAAAUUUUGAUGGAGUGUGUAUAAUUUUUUAUUUACUAUUUUUGAGCAAAUGCUGUUCUAGCAAGAUUGUGACUCCAGUAAAUAGAUUAAUUAAAAACUUUGAACAUGAUAGUCAGAAUUUUUUUUGACCUACAAAUUUUUUUAAGUAAAGCAGCAGAAACACAUUAGCUUCAUAUUUGGCUUAAAAGAUUUAACACUUAGAAUACAGGCUUUUUGUUAGACAACACAUCAUCCAGUGUAAAGUCAAAACAAAUCCUUCUUUUCCAUUAUGCAUUAUAGUUUCUGCUGGCCACACAUAUCUUUAUUUGUCUGUAAUGUAGAAACUAAGCUAAAGCUUUAAUGACCAUUUCAGACCAAAUACUGUUUGAGUCAGAAUGUUUCAUGAUUAUAUAAUGAUUUUAAACAAAUAUUUAGAAGCAUAAAUGGCAGAAUAGAGAGGAGACUGUUUUCCUUUUUUUGAAAGAGCAAAUAUGAUAAAUCUGUAGACAUCACAUCUUUUUUCAAGAUCCUGGAUCCUCCAUUGAAACAUGAUUGUAACGGUUGUAAAUUGCUACUGUUGAAAGCAUGUUUUUCUUAACUUCUUAUAAUUUGGAUUUUUUUCUAGUGACCAAUUCAAACUGUAGACAGUUUAGGAUAGCAUGAUUUCUUAUCAGCAUUAAAGUACUUUAGUUUGCUUUUAGUAACUGUGAACAAUCUUUGAUACAUUAUAGUAUUGUUUAUUAUCUUUUUGUUUGUACCUGUGUUUUUGUAUUCUAGUAUACCAUUAUCUUAGAGCCAAGUGCUAUUCUUGUACUGAUUUUUAUUUUAUAUGCUUUUGAACACCUUUUAUUUUUUGAAGGAUCUGUGAAAUAAAUGUACAUAAAUUUGUUCACAACUUCAAUAGAUUUGGGGCUAUUUAGAGCUUGACCUAUUGUAUACAAUCUUUGUCAUCUGUCUAUUGCUGAAGACUGUAUGUUAACACAAUGUAAACGGUGUCCUCUAUGAAAUGUGCCUUCUCUUAAUACUGGGCCUUCCAUUUUAAAACACCAAAGGUAAAAUAAAUGCUACAAAUCACAAAAUACAGAAAUUCUUCGUAACACUACUAUAAAAUCAAUUGAAAUCAACAUACUAUUAUGUCGUAAAGGCCUCUGCCAAAAAAUUUAUAACAAUUUUUAUUGAAUUAAAAUGACUAUGCAUUUGUUGACCAUGAAGUUUCAGAACAUUCACAAUCUUUAUUCACACUGGAUUGAAAUUUACAGAAAGUCACAGUACACUUGCAGACUAAUCCGACCAUGUCUAUUCAUGACAUGUAAAAGUAUACAAAAAUAUUAAGGAACAUGUGUGUUUGAAGAGGGGUCUAAUUCAUGGUUUGGCAUUUUUAAUAAAUUCUCUAAAUAAAUUGGCAAAAAUCUUGGAAGGAAAUCAGACUUCAGACAAUACACCAAUCUACUAUUAGUUUCAUUUUUUAUUCUAAUGCAAAACUGAAAAUAAUAUAUGCCAAAUUCAUUCUGUAAAAGAUCAUGUUAUUAAAAAAGUGAAAAAUUAAUACGGAAAACUAAAUAACAUACCAAACUUAGUGUCCUGGUGUACAAAAAUGACAGUACACAGAGAACACAAAGGCACAUUUCAAAGAUGACAACCCUUAACAUACUGUAAUGUUGCCAUCUAGAUGUCUUUUGAUUAUUUAUGACAUUUGGGUUGCUGUCUUGUUGACAUUUACGCCUCAUUUCCUUUUAUUUAUAAUUAAAACUAAGGACAUCUCCUCUCAAACCAAUAAGCCAAAAUGAUACAAAUUUAGGAAAGUAAAUGGAUUUAAGUCUGAGACUCUAUACAUAUAUUGGAAUUCAUAUUCCCAUUCUUAGUAGAAAAAACAUAGCUGCCACAUUUUGAUUAAUAAUUUUCUAAGGGAAAACUGUGAGGCUAUGUUUUUAAAUUUAAUAUUUGGUAUGCUCUCUACAGAUGCGUCUCAUUUCAUGCUAAUCUGGCAUCAAUUGGCAGAAAUGAUGCAACAUGGAUCCCAACAGAACCUUGUGUGAAAUCAUUGUAGCAAAAUGGGCAAUAAAAACACAGAUUCCAUGGAGUUAGGUUAUUUGUUGAGUUAUUUUGCUGUUUAUAGAGAGAGUACAUUUGUAAAUAAAUAUAAUGGGUAAACUUAAUUGAACUUAAAUCUUAUUUUAUUUUAAUAUUUUCAUAGUACCUUACUCUUAUUCAAGGUCUUGUGUCAGGGUUUUAUAGCCAUACACACUGAAAUAUUGAUUUUGAUAGAUAAAAAAGUAAACAAACAAAUUCCUAAUAAAUUAUCAAUUUAUCCAAUGCAUUAAUCUGCUGAUUCUGCAGUAAAAGCAAUAAUUGGUAAAUAAGUAGACACAGAGUAUUUCUGUCAUUUCAUUUUGUUUGCUUUAGUAAUCUCCCAAGUUUUAAUCAUUAACAUGCAGUAAUUGUUUUAUUUAAAUCAAAGUUUAAUGUACUUAUAACUUUGAUAUAUAGAUAUACUAAGUAAUAUCAUUCAUUUGUAAAAAAUAUUAACUUUUGUACAAGUAAUUGUUGUUGAUAUAUAUUUAUAUUGUUUGUUAGUGUUUUAACUUAGUUUUUACUGAUGUUGAGGUUUUUUAUGGACUUUGUAUAAUUUUUUGAAUAGUUUUAUUUAUUUGAUACUUCUAUUAAUGUAAUUGAAAGGACUGUUUGUUUUGUUGUUUUUGUUUAACAGGAAAUCCUUAUAAGUUGACUUUCAAUUGCAGAUUAGUGCUACUCUUGUAGAUGAGUGCUUCUUAUGGCAGAGUUGUUCCUCAAUGUUACUAAAUACAAGUGGAGUUUUUACCCAUGAUUAUAUGAAAUAAGACGUCUUCAGUAUAAAGCAUUACUGUCAUCAUCCCUUCACAGGAAAGUAAGAGUAAACCAUAUAGUAGACUACAUUGUACUAAUGUACAUAUUCAGAACUCAGUAAUAUCUUGAUAAGACUGCAUUAUCUACCAUAAUACAGUCUGACCUGAAUGUUUGCAGGUGUCAUUAAUUAAGGUUAGUUAUAAUAAGAACUAGUUCCUGUUUGGUAUUCUGCUACAUUUUAUGACUCUUGAUCUUGAUGGAGUCUACACACCUGCCACAAUGAUAUAUUUUUCUUCAAUAACCAAGUGGAUUUUAACCCUUAAGAAGUGAAUGUGCGAUACAGACUAAACUCAGAUAGAUUUUUCUAUAAACCUAGGUACUUGUACAAAAUAUGAGGAAAUUCCCCUGCCUGUAAAAAAAAAUGUAAAAAGUCUGAAAUAUAUUAUGAUUUUGAUAUGUAUCUUGCAUAUAUUAUUACGAAAUUCAUGGAAAAAGGUGUUAGAUUAGAAUGUGAAUAAUUGGUAAUGGGAUAAAACAACUUUAUCAUUGGGGAAAAUCAAGGAACAUGUUUAAUUUCUAAUAGAUGAUUUAUAAUGAAUCAAAACUCUAUACAUCACUUCUAAGUUGUUUAUUUUUACCUUGCAUUUGCAUGUUAAUUUUGAAUUUAUAUUGAUUAGUAAGUUUGCUUGUGCAAAUUGUGACAGUUUAAUGGUUUGUGUGGUAUCAAUUUACAUGAGUUUCAUACUUCAUUAUGAAAUACUAUACUAUGCUUAAUGAAAAACAUAUUUUCAUUGAUAUUAAGCUAUGUUUCAUGAUCCAAAUAACUAAGGUUCUCCUCAGACCACAAAUGAAAAUAUUUUUACAGUUUUCAAACUGUUUCAUCUGUUUCAUCAUACAGGUAAUGGUGUAAAAACAACUGUAUUUUAUACAAAACUUUAGAAAAUUGUGUCCUCAAAGUAAAACUACUUAUGGUAGUUGAAAAUUUUUAUGUUAUUCAAUUGUUAGAAUUUUUGGCUGUUUUUAUUGGAUUUUUUUACAUACAAACCAGAUUUGCAUUCUAUAUAUAUAACCAGAUUGAAGUUGCUGUUUUUUUUUUUAAAGUUUUCUUGUCAUGUUUUAUUUUAUUUCAACCAGACUAGCAUUUAAAAUGGAAUAUUACUUUGUUAUUAAUUUAUAGAAUACCUAAAUUGAUUAAACAAAUUUUAUUGCC